CUUCCUCUUGGCGGUUUAUCUUCACUUGUUGCAGGGCCUGUCCGGCAGAGCAGCGGAUGUGAGGGAUGACUCCGGGGCUGACAGGAAGCCCGCCGCCUUGCCUGCUGUCCGCCGGUGUCUGUGUCUGUGGCUUCAGCUCGGGCAGGAGUGUGGGUGCACUCAGGAUGGGGUGGCCGCUGUGAGGAGCCCCCGACUCCCAGUCCCCUCUGCCCCAACCCCACAGGGCCCCCACAUCACAGCCUUGCAGGAAGAGUGGCCAGGAGCGGACAUGAAUGUGGACGCCCACCUGCUGUGGCCAGGGGCCGUUCUGCUGCUGCUGCUGCUACUGCUGGGGGCGGUGGCCAGCCUGUGUGUGCGCUGCUCCCGCCCAGGUGUGAAGAAAUCAGAAAAGAUCUAUGAGCAGAGGAGCCCGCAGGAGAACCCACAGAGCUUUGCCGUGCCUGGGACCUACUCCCUGGUCAGCCAGCCUUGUCCCAGGGCCCUGAUGGACGCGGUACCUGAUGUGGAGCCUGAAAGGAAGAAGAAUCUGCUGUUCUCCCCCAGCCUUGAGGACUCUGAGUCUCCCAGGUACCAGAACUUCCGCAAAGGAAGCCGACUUGGGUCAGAUGCCGCUUAUGUAGACCCCAUCGCUACGGACUAUUACAACUGGGGACGGUGCCAGAAGGCCCAGAAAGGUGAUGAUGAUGAUGACAAUUCCUACGAGAACGUUCUCAUCUGCAAACAGAGCCCCGAUUCAGAUGAGGGGUCUGCCGAUUAUCAGAACUCAUCAUGCAUCCAGCAGUGGCAGAAGUCCAGGAAGGAAAACACAGGGCAAGUCUGCAGAGAAACAUCUCUCUCCCCAGAAAUCCCGGAUGAGGACGAGGAACCUGACUACGUGAAUGGGGAUGUGCCGGCCCAGAAGGCCUAGGGGAGCCCUGGGAAGUAGGAGCCAAGGGGCACCCCGGCUCACUGGACUACUGCUCCCUAGGAUGACUUCUCCACUCUGACCUCAGACCUUGCCACAUCUGAUCCUGGGGGUUCACCUGAGGACCACCCGUCUGGCCACGUGGGCCCAACCUGGGAAGAACAGUUUCUGGGGAUGCCUUCUGGCACGGCCUCCGAGGGACAGGGCAGGAGCCUGGUGACCAGAUGUCCAGGACUCGGGCAGGUCAUUUCCCCAUCCCCGUCUACAACACUGGAAUUCGUGUCCUUUUUGCUUUGGAUUUGGAUUCGAAAUUGCUUACUAACAUCGAUUGCGGUCACCAGAAUUCUUUCCUGAUAAGCUUGUAUAGUUAAUUUAUAUAGGUGGAGUCAUAUUUAAUACUCUAAAUUCCAGGGUAAGAGAUGGUCCUCUCCUGUAAGCAUUACAUGGACUUCACUUCAGCAGACUGUAGGGGGCGCCCUGGCACUCCUUCCUUUGUCCCUACUCAGGAGGCUGCAGCCAGCCGCCCCACCGCCCAGGUGGGACCAGGUGCCUUGGGCUGCGUCCUGCAAAGGCACAGACAUUGUGCAGGGAGGCCUCUUGGGACCCGGGAAACCCUCCUCGCUGGGCAGAAGCCCACGUGGCUCUGGGGAAGGAGCCAGGGGGACCUUCCAAGUCAGAAAGUCAGUCAGGGACAAAAAUGCCUCCUUUA